AUGCUUGGUGGCAAAUAUGGCGCUGCGCUUUCUUUCCGGCACCGACGAGCGGCGGUGAUGAAUAUUUCUGGGCAUCGCACCUCUACUCUGUAUCAUUUACGAUCGAUACCGUGGUCUCUCAUUCAAAUACGCUCCAAAUCAACCAUGUAUCCACCGUCCCACGUAAAGCUUUGGAAUCCCAACCAUGGCAUCACAUUCGCCUCUACGACACGAGACGAAGCGUCACACCCCCGAGUCGACAAGCUACGUUCCCUGCAUACGACCACGCCAUACGCCAGUCAGGCUGCUGAAGCUGCAGAAUCGGACCACGAGACUGUCGUUUCGGACGAUGACGCGCUUUUCUUUACCGCUUAUGAGUAUCAGUCCGCGUCAGACACAGAUUCUCCCACACCCCAUCCGCCUGUGGCGUGCGUCAAUAGUGCCGCACGGGAGGACAAUGGCGGAGCGAAAGUCAGGGAUAAUGUUGAGCCCGUGGGGCCUCCGAUCACGAGCCUGGAUUUCAAGAUCUCGGUCAAGGAUUUCCGCGAAGCGCAGAGCGCGGAGAAGGACUCUGCGAAGUCGUUCUGGUCAUACGCACUUUAUCGAGGCCCCUCCUGCGAUGGGAGCGAGAGAAAGGUGAAGGUCCAUUAUUGCAAGAGCAAACAAACGAUGGAGAGAGUAUGUCAGUAUUUCGUGGAUGACAAGGUGCUCGGAUUGGAUCUCGAAUGGUCUUCGGAUGCCAGGAGGGAUGCGGGCCCGAAAAGGAACGUCUCCCUGAUCCAGCUCGCCAACGAGAGCCGCAUCGCCCUGUUCCACGUCGCUCUGUUCCCCAACGAUGACUUGGUUGCGCCGACCUUUCGGAAACUCAUGGAGAAUGCUGAUGUGAAAAAGAUCGGUGUGGCUAUCAAGGGGGACUGUACACGGAUGCGGACCCAUCUGGGCGUCGACACAAAGGGCCUCGUCGAGCUCAGUCAUUUGUAUAAACUCGUGAAAUACUCUGGCAAUGGCCGGGUUGACUUGAUCAACAAGAGACUGGUGACUCUCGCCUCGCUGGUCCAUGAACACCUUGGCCUACCCUUGUUCAAGGGCGCCGACGUCCGGUCGAGUGACUGGUCGCAACCCUUGAACAUGAGUCAACUCAUGUACUCGGCCUCGGAUGCAUACGCUGGCUUCCAGCUGUACCACGUCCUCGAGGAGAAGCGGGAGAGACUCGAUCCCACUCCACCAAGGCCGCCCGAUGCCGAGCUCAACAAACCGAUCCAGCUCGCGGAUGGACAAUUCAUAACGGCGGCAAAUGAUACCGCCGUGGCCGGUGAUCCCGAUGAUCGUGGAUCGACUGCGGUCCUUUCGCUCAAGAAAGUCGAGGCUAUCAGAAAGAGCUUGCAAAUUGAGCCUGAGGGCCAGUCGAUUGCCGAGAGUAUCAGGGCGGCGCCGAUCGCCUCUCCCAAACAACGCCAGAGAGAUCCAAGGGUCACUGCUGCUGACGAACAGCUGGUCAACUACCGGACCAGUGUCAAGACUCUUCGCGCCACACCAUCCGCCGUACGAGCAUACUACAUCUGGUCGAAUAACGGAGACCUUCCGCCUGAUGCCAUCGCAAAGAUCCUGCGGGACCCGCCGCUGCAGACGUACACUGUGGUGAGUUACAUCCUGGAAGCCAUCAAACUAGAGAAGCUGCCGUUCGACAAGAAGCGGCUGCGGAACGAGAUCCUGCACCUCCUCCCAAAAGAAGUCCUCCAGGGCAGAUAUAAGGCCUUGAUGUUGGAGGCUCACAAGCCCGACAUCGUCGACACACCGUUGGUCGCCUGA